CGGGCGGCGAGUUGUUGGCGCGCGCUCGGCGGCGCUAACCGACGGGCGGCCGAGUGGCGACCCCUCAGGGGCCGGGGGCGGCGGGGGCGGCGGCGGCUUGGCCGUUGCCUUUGAGAAGAUGAUGAUGAGCAGCCUUCUUGAACCACUGCAGUCCCUGAGGUGUAGGUACACCUACAGUGCUGUUCAGGAGGAAAUUCCAUGAGUUUGACCCAACGACAAUGAAGGAUUGGUGAUAUGUUUCCAAGUCAGGAUGAAAUGGAGCGACCACGUGUCCGGCUGUGGGCAAAAUAUGAAACCUUUGUUGUCGGCAUCUUGCAGGUCCCACCUCCAUCAAAAUUCAGCAUGCACUAUCUUCGAAAGAUGGCAACGUACGUUCGAACAAAGGGAGGAGAAGGUGGUUAUCCGAGGCUUUCCUGGCCUAUGUGGAGGCAUAUUGCCUGUGGAAAGUUGCAGCUAGCUGAAAAUUUGGCAUGGCUGUAUUUUGAAACAUUUGACAUUCUUCUUGAGAAAACUGCAGAGGAGAGGUUACAGUGGGCUGAAGAGGUAUCCUGCUGCAGAUCGGAAGAAGAAAUUGACAAACUUAAAAACAAGCUAUCAGUGGAUACACUGCAGUUCCUGCUGUUUCUUUAUGUUCAACAGCUGAACAAAGUUUCUCUACGGACAUCCUUGAUUGGAGAGGAAUGGCCAAGUCCCAGGUCACGAUCUCCUGAUCUGGAUGUAAAAUCUAAUUCUCAGAGCAAGAACAUGGAUGACCAUAACCAUUUAACAUUUGUUCUGAGCCACUUGUCAGAGUUGUUGGAACUUCUGCUUGACCCUGAACAGCUUACCAUUUCGGCCCACACAACCCAUGACAGCAUGAUAUCUGCGGAAGCAGUUAGAGCCUUGGACUUUCUCUUUGAAGGAAGCAUUGGUCGGAAUGAAGCAAUAUACCCUGUGCAUGAACUGGCUCGUUGGCAACCAAUCCUGGGUACAACUGGCUACUCCAAGCUUUCCAAGAUGUUCCAUUUCCAUAAGCUGGAAGCCUGGCUGAGAAGUGUGCUUGGACCCAAUCCAUUUGGCACUGCCCUCUGUUUCCAAAAAGGAAAGAAAUUAGCAUGGGCACAGCAAGUUGAAGGUACAACAAAGCGGGCGAGGAUUUCAUGCAAUACUUACACAGCACCUAAAGGCCACAAGGUGGUGAUAAUGACACAAGUGUACAAACAGACCCUGGCGAAGAGUUCCGAUCAGCUGGAUGGAGCUCAUGUUAAAAUUCAUCGCUGCAAUGACUGCUUCAUAUAUCUCUUAUCUCCUUUAAGGUCUGUCAGUAUUGAGAAAUGCAGAAACACCACCUUUGUUCUUGGCCCUGUCCAAACAACCAUCCACAUCCAUGGCUGUAAUGAUGUGAAAGUAAUAGCUAUCUGCCGCAGACUUUCAGUCUCAUCGUCAUCUUCGUGUACCUUCUACUGUCUCACAACUACCUGCCCUCUUAUAAUGUCUGGGAACUCGAGUUUAACAUUUGCCCCAUACCAUACCUAUUAUCCUUUAUUGGAGGAUCACAUGGCACGAACAGGGAUAGCCACAAUUCCCAAUUAUUGGAAUAAGCCAUUUUGUAUUGGUGUGGACAACAAUGAAAUACCUGUCUAUCAGCUAUUACCUCCCAAGGCCUUCUAUGUAUUUGUGAUUCCAUUUGAAAUGGAGGGAGACACCAUGGAGAUUCCUGGAGGACUGCCGCCGCCAUAUGAAAAGGCCAUAAAACACAGAGAGCAGAAAAUUCAGAACUGGCAGAAGACUGUUAAGGAAGCAGGACUUAGCAAAGAACAUCGGAGGUUGUUUCAGAACCUGGUGGAGAAGAAAUUCUGUGAAUGGUUGGAUCAAACUGGGCAUCGCCAGCAGCUGGACAGUCUUAUUCCCAUACCUUCCCCAAAACAGACUACAUCUUAGUUAUUACUGGGCUCUGUGCUGAGGAAAUAAGCCCACGGCCAGUAUUUAAUUAAUGGGCUCAUUUCCUCAGCACACAUAGUUGUAGUGGGCACAAUUCAGAAAUGUGUGCUAAUAACUGUAUUUCAAAUAGAACUAAGCUACAAUUUUAAAACAUUUCUAAUUAUAUUUAAAGGUUUAUUGUUUUGAGCAUUAGUAUGCUUGCACAAGUUCAUAGAGGUUUUACUUUUUUAUUCAUGCUGUACUUUGUGCUUGGGUCUAAUUGAAAUUCACUUUACAUUUGAGGAACUCUGAGAACAUAUCCUCUGGCUAUGGACACAGAUGUGGGAAAAAUAUUUAACAUGACAACUUCAGUACUUUUAUGUCUUUCUGAACCAUUUCCCCUACCUACAUAAUCCACCUUUGCUAAUUUUUUUGGAAUUAAUGUCUGGCUAGAUUCUUGACACCAUGUGCUCCAAGGGAAAUUUUGAAAGCCUUUACUGUAUUUCCUUAAGUUUAGGAUAUUAUGAUUAUCAAUUUGCCUUGAGUUUAUUUUUUUUAUAUUAACAAAAAAUAAGUGUCUCAUAUAAUGUGUUUCUGCUGAAACUCUUUUUUUGGUCUGAGUGACUUGAAUACACCCUUGAUUCCACAGCAAACUGUUCUUGUCACAUAUCCUUGCCUAUGAUUGUUCACUUUUCUGCUGAUUCACAUAUAUUUUUAAUUUUUAAAGCAAUUGAGAUCGUUUUAGCUUCAGUUUCUUUCUCUCAUUAAUUUACCUCUGUGCAAUUCUCAGUCUUGUCAACAGUUACUUUUUCCAUGUGCCUAUGGCACACUUGAGCUUUGACAACACACUAGCAAACCAGUGGAUUCUGUAUGUUAAGACUCGGUGUAUUCUUUACCUGACUUCUACAUGUGCAUAUUGCCGUAUAGUUGAUGGCUGGCAUUCAGAUGUGGAAAUUGUAUCAUUUCUAUUGCUGGGGUUGAAAUUUGGUCUUUUCAAGUUCCAUUGAUGCAGCAAACCACAUUUUGAACUUUCUCUUCCAAAUAUUUUUUUUAUUCAAUUUGGAAGUCCAGGUUCUUCAACAUUUACUUAAAGAACUAUUUCCUGCACUUGCCUUUAAACUGGUAUUGGUAAUGUUUGAUGACUGUCAUUUUGUGAAUAUUUGGUCUGUACUGUAAAUAUUGAAUAACAUUCUGUAAUGCAAACAAAACACUGUUUCAGUAUUAAUUGAAGUUAAAGAUGAAUGCUCAAAUUAUUUCAACAAAAUACAAAAUGUUAACUCUCAAAUAUGGAGUCGUACUC